AUGUUGUUUGCCUGGAUACUUCUCAUCACCAGCGCUAUAGCUGCCGAGUACGACUAUAUCAUUGUGGGCGGUGGAACGAGUGGGCUGGUAGUAGCGAACAGACUGUCAGAAGACCCCAAUAUCUCGGUUUUGGUAAUCGAGGGCGGUGACUCUGUCUACGACAAUCCCUAUGUGACCGACAUCAGUCGUCUCGCAUCGACCUACGACAGCCCUCUCGAUUGGGCUUUUCAGACCACUGAACAAGCCUAUGGCGGACGCCGACAAAUAAUACGCACCGGAAAAGCUCUGGGAGGAACGAACGAGCGGCUUAUGCACGCGCAGAGCCAUCGCAAGUCGAUGCUUUCAAACGGUUUGGGAUCAAUGGGUGGUCAUGGCAUAGCAGAAGUUAGCGCUGGAGCCACAUUUGCCCCUCGGUUUCAUGGUUUUCAUGGCCCGGUCAACGUUGGUUUCAGGCCCAUGUCGAAGGGGGAGAAUGACCUGACGACGGCACUGAAUCGGGCCCUGAGUACAAGUUCACGCUUCAUCCGUAUACCGUAUCCGGAUGAUAUCCGCAGUGAUGCGGCGCGUGCUUAUUACUGGCCAUAUAAGGAUCGCCCCAAUCUCCAUUUGAAACUGGAUACGCUUGUGACUCGGCUACUAUGGAGCGAUAAGAAUGGAGAUGAUGGACUCAGAUCCGAAGGAGUUGAAACUUAUGAGAGCAAGCAUGGAAAACGAUAUGCUAGCAAUGCUCGGAGAGAGGCUAUCCUAGCAGCUGGCGCGAUGCGAUCACCUGCUCUUUUGGAGCUAUCGGGUGCAGGAAAUCCGAGCUUAGAUGCUAUCCCCUCUCGGGUCGUUUGA